GCACCCCAAAACUCUCCGCUCUUCCGAAACCGAUACCACGAUGGCCGUCCGACCGAUUACUGGUAUGCUCCGACGACAGGUCGUGCUCGACCUCUCUGUUGCUAUGGGUCUUGGUGUGACCGCUGGCUACGCCUGGUGGUACGGUUACCACGUCCCCGCGGUCCGUCACCGUGACGCUUUCUACACCAAGCUCGAGGAAGAGCGUGCGUCUGCUCUCGGCCAGAAAUAAACCACCAUUCCCCGCGAAACAAGCUUUUCUUUGUAUCGACAGAUUGCGAAGGCAUAGAGCGGGCUCUGAGAGAGUUGGGCAUCAAGUGUAUCAUAAGGGGGAGGAUGGACUUUCGAGAGCACGCCAAAUCAAAUCAAGUCAAACCAUCACAUGUUGGGCUUUUCAAUGCCCAUUGAAUCGCCUGUCUCACGCAUCCUAAGGAACACCCUGCUCCUUCUCGACCAGUGAAACUAGAUGAGCGUAGAAAUGAUAUCCCAAUGUGUUGAGCAAUUAGACGGUUACUCGCAGAUAUUUAUGUACUGAAUUGGCCUUAUCAGCACUAUAUGGAGUAAGGCGACAACGAGUCAUUGCAAUGUCUGAGGUUUAUUUAUGGGAGCCAAGCAUCUACGUUCUGAGGGCACGAUAUAGUAGAUUGUCCUAUGCAAACGGUCAAUUUGAUCAACUGAUAAGCA